AUGCAAGUCAUUUUGCAUUGGCAUGUCCUACCAUCUUCCUUCCUUUUGGCCUGUACUUGCGAGUUUGAUCGUUUCAAGCAUAUACAUGAUUAUUUUCGUAAAAACCAUGCAUUUCCUUUGUUUUCUACUCCUGCUAGUGGAAGUCCGGCGGUAGGUGAACUUUCCGAUUCGUCCCCUCCAUCUGUUCCCUCUCUUUCUUCUACGCCCGUUACUUCCAAUCAUGAAGACGAUGAUGAUGAAGAUUGGGUACCAUGUAGGUUCUUGAUAUGCUAAUAACUGAACUCCCGUAGCAUUUGGCGAUGUUGUGGACCCGGAUGUCUCGCCUCGGUUUUUACGCGCUGGUCGUUUUGUUGGUCGUCAUAUGAAAUUGACCCGUCAAGACAAUCGUGACGCCUCUGCUCUUGACCUUCUCCUACUCAACGUUUAUCCAUACGCUUGCGAUGUUUGUCAUCAAUGGAAGCGUAGGAGUGUUUUAUUCAUUCGAUCAUGUCAGCAGCUGUUGCAAUUCACGGCUAUCGAUUUUGGUGGUAAUCCUUUUACUUGUUUUGUCUCAUCGCUCCUCUCAACCUCUUCGGGCUCAGUGAAUAUAUCCGAUUAUACUGUUAGCAAAAACCAGGCUCGCGCUUUCAGGGAUCGCGAAAUGCGGAAAUUACGGUCUUUAGAAAUGCGGCCAUUAACUCAAGUUACUUUGAUGUAAUUACUAUGAUACUACUGACUUAAACAAAUACUUAAUAUUUUAUUAUCCACAGACGCGCUUAGCUGUGUGCUGAAUACCUCCCCCAGCAUUGGCAUUUUCCUCUGUUUCUUCACCUUCAUAUUAUCUUAUUGCAGAUACCUUGCCUUCGGAGCCUGUGGUUUGUCGCUCUUGCUGGACUGCUUUACGUCGAGACCUGGUGCCUCGCUUUUCAAUAUAUAAUGGUUUGUCCUUGGACCCCUUGCCUUCUUUUAUGCAACAUCUUUUGCCAUUUGAAAAGUGCUUUCUGGAACUUGUACAUCCAGUUCAACGUCGCUUUGUUGGCACCAAUCGCCAUGGACAGCGCACUCAAACUGUUUGCAAAUCCGGCGUUAUGGUGCUCUUGCCGAGUCCUAUUCAAUCUUACAUUGAUGUCCUUUCUGAGUUUCAACAUACGUCUUCCUCCUUGCUGGAUCCUGCUCACAUUCAAUUACGUAUCAAUGGUAUUCUUUUCAAUUUCAAUUCCGUUUUCAUUUAUUUGCUUUUUUAUUCGGCUUUUAUAGAACUGCACGCCCUUCAAGACGUCCGAUUGCCGGUCAUUUAUGCUUGCUUACAACAUUUUAAAGACAGUGGGAAUGAUCUUUUUGCGACUGUCGAUCUUUCACGUCGCGUCGUUUCGCCCGGAGACGACGCUUCACGUGUUCUGACAAAAUCUUCCGUCGUCCAAUCAGCUGUCUGUAACAACUAUGCUGGUCUCCCUGGUACGGCAGUGCAAGUAUUUAACCUGACUCGUCUAACGUCCCAGCCUCUGUUGUAUACGAUGCCUUUCUUGGAAGAAAAAUGUUUUCCAUACUUAUUUCCCAGUGGCCGGUUCGGAUUCUCAUACACCCGUGCGCAACCCUUAACUCUAAAGGUAUUCUUUAUCCUGCUUCUGCUUACUAUUUAUAGUAGACGAACAACUUUUUUGUUUCCCAUUAUAUGCGAAUCUUCCUUUUUUUCAUUCCACCCCUAUUUACUUUUAGGAGUAUUUUUCUUGCCGUCUACGAAACAAGGAUUUGCGUUUUGCAAUGUCUCUUGAAUACAUUAUGUUUGCGAAAGGCAUGAUCGAGCAAGAGGAAAUCCGACGUGCUAUUGCGAAUUGUUCGAUGUUAACAGAUCGUAUCCGGACAGCGCGGACGGUUUUGACUAGUAUUGAAAGUGGCGACACGACGACGUGCAUUUUGAUGUCAUAUUUAUUGCGCAACAUUCGUGGCGAAUUAAGUUAUUGGGGUACUGUACGUCGAGAUUUGCUGGGAUAUGUUUCCACUUUUGGGCAUCCGACCCUUUUGUUAACACUUAGCCAAAACUACAAGGAUCCUCAUCAUCUUCAGAUCUACAAAAACGUUUUUGGGGCUGUGGUAACUCCUUUCAACAUUCAUACCUACGUUGCAAAGUGCCCAUAUUUUUCUGUUGAGUAAGCAAUUCAUUCAUUUUUCCGAUUGAUCCACGUCUGCGUCCUCUUUAUUUAGAUUUCUGCGGUGGCACUUCGGCUAGUUUCCUAUUCAUCUGCUUUCCUCUGUAGCUGGCCCUUUAUAUUUUCUAGCGACUGCUUUCAAAACAAACUGUUUUGUCCUAAUUUCUUUAGCUCACUGGGCGGAGUGUGCACGAAGAAAUUUAAAUAAAACGCUUCUUCGCUUCAAGUGCUCUAGCUUUGACGUUUCAGGUAUUUUUAUAACUUCUAUGUGGAGUACAUUACACAUUUUAUCGUUUCGGAUAACGGCCCACUUGGUGCUAUUCGACAUUAUUAUUUAAAAUUUGAAUUUCAAAAAUGUGGAGCUCUUCAUGUUCAUAUUCUUUUGUGGGUUGACGGCUUCCCAUCUCUUACUGCUUCCAACGAACCAUACAUCCGCUCAUACAUUAAUCAACACAUCACUUGCGAACUCCCUAUCGAUGAUCUCCACUUAAUUUCCCUAGUCCGACAGCAUCUUUUGCAUGAGCCUUCUCACAAUGCUACUUGUUGGCGGCUUGAUCAAUUUGGGCAUGGUUACUGUCGGUUUAAGUUCCCUCAGCCUGUUUGUCAGACGUUGCGUCUUGACUAUAACGAGGAUGAUGUUUUGAUCGGUUAUUCCCUUCGCCGCGCCUCUGCUGAACAAGUAAGGCUACCUUCUCGCUAUACAUUUGUUUAGCAUGUUUCCUCGUAUAACGCAACUAUUCUUCGGCAACUUUCUUGUAACAUAAACUUGCAACUUAUUGUUCCAUCCUGCCGUUCCAAGCUCUACGACUACGUCACUGCUUAUGUCACCAGGAGUGAACCUGUGUCAGAUGAGUCUCCUUUAUUAGCUUCAAACCUUUGCGAUGACAUUACCCCUCAAGGGUUGCUGCAGGUUGCGGUAGACAUGCUGAACAAGCGGCCGGUUUCCUUCCACGAAACCACAUUUUCUUUAUUACAAGGAAAAAAAUACUUCAUGUUCAGUUCGGACCGUACCUUCAUCAACACUUACAAGUCUUGUCACCGGUAUCGCAGACUUCGUAGUAAAGAGGAACUGCAGGUGAGGCUUCCGUUACAGCUGCCGUCGGGCUCAAUAUUAAUUCAUAACCCCUGUACAACAUUUAAUGCUUCAUGACGUUUUUCGUAUUGCACAACAGGACGGUCUUAUAAUCUUUUACCUUUUACAUGGGCUCUUCUUUAUCGUAGCUCGCCUCCGUGCCUGCCAAUGUGUAAUUUGUCAUUUUUUACAGAAAUUCCCUGAUGAUCCUGCUGUUCUGGAAAACGUUCUCGACGACUUUUAUCCUCGUCGUCCUUUAUCCUUGGAGUCCUGCUCCUUAUUCUGUUUCAUGCGGAAUUUUUACAUUUCCUAUGUGGCUCCUCCCGUUGUUAUUGGUAGGACAGCUGUUCUUUUCGUAUCCUUGUCUUUUAGAUGUUCUGCCAACGACGGCUGUUGCUGAUCCCAUCCUCUGUAAUGAUCCUUUGGCCGGUUUUUACAACGUACAAAAUAUUCACUCUGUGUUCUAUAACUACAACACCUUGUCUACGGGUUCAGGAUUUGUUUUACGGGAUCUGCAAACUCUGGCCUUCUAUGAAACUGCCCGCAAGCAACGAGUGUAUUUAGUCAAACGAAGAACUCCCACAGUUCCUAUCAUUCAUUUGGAUGAUUAUAAUAUGGAUGAUCCUUCUGAUCGGGCACUUUUUUAUUGGCGGUUACUUUUCCUUUUUGUUGUAAGCGUUUCUUCUUGUCCUCUACUCUCUUCUGCAGCCUUGGCGAACGGAACCCCUCGACACAGGAACUGUAUCGGUUUGGAAGCAGUGGUGUUCCACUUUGUGUUCUGGCUCCUCUCUCCAACAAGAAGCUCUUUCCGAAUUGGAAGCUUAUGUCCGCCAACACACCGUCACUAUCACAGAUUUUUCUUCCACAAUUUCCCUUCCGUUGGACGAUGAAUCUGCUGAACCACCAGAGCUUAUGCAGCCAUUCUAUGACAACAUCCUUUCCCUUGUACAUGAUGCCUCGUAUUUUUCCACUGUUGUUGGCUUGCAAGGCUCUUUAACUGCAGAACAGCGCACUGUUUUUAGCAGGGUGAGUUCAUAUUCUUGUAUUUAUGUUUUGCCUAGGUUUUUGAUCAUUUCACUUCUCAGUCAUCCACGCAACUGUUGCUGUUCCUGACCGCUGAACCCGGUUGCGGCAAAACAUAUCUUUUAAAUUUUUUAUUAUCGUUCUUUAACACUCCUUCCUCAUCUGUUUCUGUCGGUAAUAACAUGCCUAACAUGGUUGCUUUGGGCCCUUCUGGAUGGUCCGCGCAUUUGAUUAAUGGUAUUACUUUGCAUAGUGCUCUUGGAAUCAAUUAUUCCACAACGUAUGUUCGCGUCUUCAUUUGUGCUUUUAUGCCUUAUUCUAUAUGCAUUUUCGGACUAGGUGGGCCACUUAACACUCUUCCUCUUUUGAGAUAUUUCUCCGGCAUUAAUGAACCUAUUUCUAUAAAAUUUGUAUCCAAUUAACGGUGAUUAACCCCAUUUCUUGUCCACCUACUGUAAACCGUGUACCUUCACGGAUGUCGCCGUUCUGAGCUUUCAUACAUUUGUAGAAAAUUUUGGAACCCGAAUAUGAGCAUUUUUUCAAUUAUUUAAACCAUUUGAGCUUACGUCCGUACCAAGUGCGUUAAUCUCAUUAGACAUGAUAUUUUCGCUUUAAUUUCAUACAACUUUUACGGGAUUGGUUUGUUACUGUCCGCCAGAUACCUGCAACGAGAUUGGCCGUUCUGAGUGGCGUGCCCUAUACACCUUUUGCAUCUUUGCAAACCCCCGCGUAAUACAGGUAACUCUAUUUUAGUUCGUAUGGAGAAGACUACCUAACUCCAUUGCCGUACCAGCAGCGAAUCAUCCGUCGCAACAUCUUCAACUCUGUCCGUUAUUUAAUAAUUGAUGAAGUUUCGUUGAUCAGUAAUGUAUUAUUGCUUAAAAUUCAUGCCCGCCUAGUGUGCAUUAUGAAUGUCAACAAGCCGUUUGGAGGUCUCAAUGUAAUUUUGUCUGGCGAUUUGUGUCAACUGCCCCCCGUCCGAGGAGCUCCAAUUUUUGCAGACGUCACACAACAUCAACUUACUUCCAUUUUUUCCUCUGCCGGCGCUAACUCCUUGUGGUUUGUUUGAGUCAAGUAUUCAAUCGACUUUCUAGGACCUUGUUCCGCCCAGUGUACCUUACCGACCCAGUACGCUUCCAUUCUGAUACGGAGUAUAGUUGUUUUCUCCACCGUAUGCGGGUUGGACAGUUGUCACUUGAUGAUUUCAACUCUCUGCAGCGUUGCAUCAUUGUUUCCCAUUGUCUCGAUGCUCUCAUUUCCCGUUUAGUAUCGCCUGACGCUAUAGUGUUGUUUGGAACAAAUUCUGAAGUCAACACGUUCAAUUCUAACAUCAUUUCAAAGCUCAACUUUACUUUAGUAGCCGUUCCAGCUGUUGAUGUUGCCAUUAGCGAUAUUAAUUCAACCAGCUUUCAUUCCCUCGUAAGUUCGAUUCUAUAUUGUUCUUACUCAGUUCAGGUUCUCAGUGACUGGGCUGUUCUUACUCUGCGCCUGUGCGUAGGUUUAAAAGUUAUGUUACGAAAAAACGAAUUCCCCCAUGUUAAUGGAUCGGUUGGAUUUAUAACAUCUUUAAACUAUUCGAGUUCUGGCGUUACGACACUUGAUAUUGAUUUUGGUGGCACCUCUUUUCGCCUUCACAAGCGACCAUCGGUCGGUAUUUUCCAAGGACGGUACAUUAUGCGCUAUCAGUUCCCAAUUAUUCCGGCAUACGCCUUGACUGUCCACAAAAGCCAAGGCCUAACCGCCUCUGAACUUUUUUUGGAUAUGUCCACAAUGAACCAUGCCGCCGUUGCUUAUGUGGCCUUUUCUCGCGUGCGUUCUUUCGGGGGUUUGCACAUUCUUCGGUAUCGUUCUGAUGUUUUUGUGCCAAACCUACCUGCUUUGCGCGAGUAUUCACGUUUGGAAUCGGUUGGUUAUGGCAUGGAUAACGGUUCAAGUAUGUUUGAAAUUAUUUUUCUGUCAAUCGUCCUUCAAACGGCAUCAAAUACAUUAUAAAACUUAUAUCACGCUUUUCUUCAGGCCCUCUUUCUGCUCCCGUUGUUUGCAAUCCAUCCCCUGCUCCUAUGGACUCCCCCCUCUUAGCCCUAGAAAACGUUGGCGAUUCCUGUUUUAUCAAUUGCGUCGUGAAUUUACUUUAUUCAGUUCCUCAAAUCCGACGUUUUAUUACUUCUGCAGAACACACUGAUACUGUCUUACGGGCGCUUUCUAUGCUUUUCACUCGGCAUACUGCAGUCGCCGAUGUCCUUCUUCGCCCAUUUCUGACUGAUGUAGUUGCCUUUGGUCAGGACGACGCCGCGAUUGUCUUAGAGUGCAUAUUUGCUACCCGUGGCUUCUCGCGUUUUGUUUCGGACUUUUUCGCGCCUGUGGUCCACAGUUGUUUUUGCUCUUGUCGUUCCGAGAGUUUGCCCCGCAAGUAAGUAAUACGUGCUCUUAUAACCUUCUGUAUUACUUUCAUUGUAGUUACUGCCAGAUCGUAUUGGUUCCUACUUUUGCGUACCCGUUGUACUUGGAGGAUGUCAUAUUUUCAAUGGCUACUGACGUUUGUGACACCUGCAAUUCCUUUAUUCAUCUCUCCAAUGAAUUUCGGUACAUCUUACUUCCUUAUUAUUCAUUUUUUAAGGUUUGGUCGUUAUUUGCUAGUGCGCGUUGACCACGUCUACACUGACAUCAACGAGUAUUUCCGUCAGACAGUACUGAUCCGUUCUUGCCCGACGAUUACACUUGACUCCUCGAAAUAUCGCAUUAUAUCCAUCUGCGAUUACAUUCCUUCCAGUUGCAGUUCGGGCCAUUAUACUUGCCGCUGUUACACAACCGGCGUUUGGUAUAAAAGCAACGACCUUGAUGUUUCUAUUAUACCUUCUUCUUGCGAUUUAAGUACAGCUAGGCUUCUAAUGUUAGAAAAAUGCGACUAA